ACAAAAGAUGAGCGUGAUGUGGCAUAGCACUGUGUUGCCAGGACGUAACACACGUCGGGCAAGGCUGCAGUGGAGUGACGGCAUCCUGGUCGGUGAGCUGCGUCUGCGUAGGUACAGAUGUGUCCGCCUUGAUGGCAAUCGCUAAUGCGGUGCAGGCGACGGCGCCGUCGGAUCGCCCCAUCAAGUGCCCAUUGUGCCAGAGCAUCAUCAAGCAGGCACGCAAUCUCCGGCGCCAUGUGUUCAAGCGGCACUUGCCCGCCGCCAAGCGAGGUGAGAUCACGGAGGCGGACGUGAAGAACGUGCUGGAGCGCAAGUUGAAGGCCAUCACUGUCACGCCGCUCACGGAGGAGGAGCUGCGGGCGGUGCAACAGCGGACCCGUCGCAAAGGCAUGAAGACACCCCGCAAGAAGAAGGGCGUCGCCUCCUUGCCGGACGGUGUCAAUGGGUCGAACAUUAAUGAAUCAGAGGUGACAAUACGCAAGCUUCCCCAAAAGAAAGACAAAAAGGAUAAGGUAGGAGGGAUAACAGGCUUGUCUAGCACAUCCACUAACUUAACCGGAGAAACCAGUCGCGAGGGCCGAGAGGACAUCUUGCAGGAGGCUCUGGCCGCAAGGGACAAAGAUAUAGCUCCUCAAGAUGAGGUCAUGGACUUGGCUACGACCCAGCAGCAGUUGCCCCCCAUCUCGGUGGUCGUGUCUCACAGUGGCCAUUCUGGGGUGCAGGUAGGAACCCAGCCCAUGUCUCUCACUGUGACACAGACUGCAGGGGGCGUUCAUGCCAGGAUACCCGCCGAGGCAGCACUGGGAGCAGGGGUACGCUUGCAGGCUGACUCCCCAUUGCCUCUCCACCGUGACCUUCCCACGAUGCCGCCGAUGGCAUUUGAACCACAGGUCACCAUCAGUGAAGGUAUGGUGACUUAUCACACCACCUCCCCCUCCCAAGUUCUGACCCAGACCACUUCUUCCUCCCCGUCGGCGUCGGGUUAUACUCCAGCCUCGUAUUGGUCCCCUCCAGGAGUCGCAGGCCUUCCAGCAGGUACUUUCCAGCCUCACCAGAGUGUGUUCGCUCCAGCGCACUCGGAGUACUUCGCUGCGGGCGUGCACAUGGCACGGCCUGCCUCGCUCGAGCGCAUGCAGCAGCACCGACGCAAACCCUACCAGUGAAAGUUUCCUUGGUCUUUGUUUCGGUAUUAGUGAAACAAGAGAGUUCUUAGGCCUCCUGCAGCAGGGGUGAUCAGGGUUUCCUGCAGAUUCAAGACAACAAGAAGGGCAGUGUGCUGACCCUCGAGAAAGCAGGUUUGAGGGGUCACGGUAGCUGUGCCCCGAACACCACUAUGUCAGCCUUCAGUAGAUAUGAGUCUGUGCGUCCAUCUGCAACAGAUAGACUCUUAGGUGAUUAUGCAUGCAGCCUCCCACCACCACGAAUUAAUCAAAGUUAUCUUUGCUGAUUUGUAAAAAAAAAAAUGAAAAAAUGGUUAUUCGUGCAGAUCAUAAUCGGGUAGGAAAAGCUGUUGUAACCGUAGCAGUUCCAGUACGUUUCCGUGACGGGAUGGGAAAUCCUACGGAAUUAGUCACCAUUGCAAAAAAAAAAAAAAAAAAAAAAAAAAAAAAAAAAAAAA